CAUUCUCUUUAAAAAAAUCUUCUGAAAAUAACAACUUUUUUUGUACAGUUAUUUUUUAUUUAUUUAUUUUUUCUUCGACGUGAUUUUUUAAUACGUUGUCUUUUGACGAUGGAAAAAGCUGGUCAUAUUGAGCUUGUUAACUAGAGCCAGAAGAAUGAUGAGAAUUUAAAUUAAGAGAAGAACAAAACAGAAAAUCUAGAUUAUUUUUUAUUUUAAUAUUAAAGAAAAUUACUGAAAUGCAGACGAAAUAUAGAAUAUCAAAACUUUGAUAAAUAUACGUCACAAUCAUGCCUUAUUAUUUGUGUGGAAUGGCGAUCAACCUAGAUGGAGAGAGCAGUUGGGAUCAGAACCAAUCAAGUAUUAAGGAUGACGAAAGACUCUUCCCCGCGGAGGAUAAAGUUACGAGCAGUUCGAAAUCUAAAUUUAGACAUAUUUUUGAUAGAUUUAAACAAAGAGGCAAAAAAGACGGUCUCCGAUUAUUUUUGCUUGUACUUUUUAAUGGUUUAUAUUUAUAUUUCGGCGGUGGAGUGUUUUACUUGUUGGAGAGAGAGCCACGACAAGUGUUCAAUUUAGACAACAAUAUUGAAUCUAUUUUCAGUGUAAUCAAGGAAAGUUCUGUCUCCAAUGUUUCUCUUGGUGAACUGUCCUCGUCAGAAAUUAUGCAAAGACUUCGUCCUGAAGAUAUAAAAAAGUUGAAAAAAGUGCUAAAAACCGUUCAUCUUGGAUGGAAGAAAGAUGAAUCAACAGAGUGGACGCUAACAAAUGCUGUGUUCUUUGCUUCUACAGUUGUAACGACUAUAGGUUAUGGAAAUUUAGCACCCUCUACUGCCGGUGGCCGAUGGUUUUGUGUAAUAUAUGCCAUUAUUGGAAUACCUUUAACUUUGAUGUUGUUAGCUAUGGUGGGGAGGAUUUUAUCGAAAUACAUCAAUGAUUUGUGUGGAUUUGUUGUCAACUAUGUGAAAAAAUAUUUGCACCCUGGGUACGAAUACGACAGUACUGAUGGUACGACAGAAUUAAACGUUCCCGUGUGGUUGGCUUUUCUUUUCAUAACAGUUUUUAUUUCACUGGAUGCGCUUAUACUCAUGUCACUAGAAGAUUGGAGUUUUCCCGUAUCACUGUAUUUUAUCUUUAUCACCUUGACAACGAUUGGUUUUGGAGAUAUCGUUCCGCAAAAUACAGCAGUUGUAUGGUUCAAUGUUACGCUGAUGUAUUUGGGAUUAGCGGCUGUUUCGAUCACCAUUAAUCUACUUAUCGCGAACAUUGGUAUGCAGUAUCGAAAGCAUAAAGCAAAAAUAAAGUUUAUGAAAACAAUUGAAAAACAACUAGACUCGGAAGAUGAAAACGUGAAUGAAAAAACACCAUUAACAAGUGACCAUAAUGGGAACCCGGAUAAAUAGUUGGAGUCCAUUUCGUUUUUAUUAUUUUAUGCCCGGUCUUCACAAAGCAGAAAUUAUCGAGGUUAGUUUAGUACAGAAUUUUGAUUAGUUGAGAUGAAAUGUCGCCGGUCAAUCAAAAUUCUGAUACCCCGAUAUUUUUUGCUGUAGAGAUUUAGAAAAGAAUGGUCAGGACAAGAAGUCUCUGUAAGAGGUUGCUAAAAUGACAUAAGUCGUUAGUGUGCUUUCAUAAAAACAGAAUUGUGUUAUAUAUUUGAAACAAUUUGCUUUCAUACGAAAGAGCUUGAAAGGUAUCUUUAUAAAAAAUAUUAAUGGGUUCUUGAAGAUUUUGGAAUUCAGAGUUCCACUAAUUAUGCAUGACGUCAUCAUUUAAUUGUGUUUGGGGGUAUUGUAUUUAACAGUUUUACUAAUAGGGUUAUGUUUUCAACCGUUAAAAUUGGACUUUAAACAUUUUACAUAAAUUUUUGUAAUAAGUAAUUAUGAUUGAUAACAAAUAUUUGUUUCUGUGCUACUUGAUCAUGUCAUAAUUCCGCAUAAUUAGCGAAAUGUUAAAGCCCUAUAUCUUAAAAACUAAUAAGGUGUUUUAAAAAAAGAGAUUCCCAGGCGACUUUUUAAGAUCUUUUAUAUGAAACCAACUUGUUUUAAGUAUGAGGGAAUCUUUAAUUCGAUUGCGAGGCUCUAAGAAGUGCUACUGUUUAUCAAUUUGCGGAUACUAAAACUAUAUGCUCAUUAAAGGUGUUUCUGAAGGACAAUAAACACCCUCUCGUUCCUAGAAAUUAGUUUCGCGUAAUUUAAUAAUAUAAAUAUACAUUUUAAUAUUCAUUUAUAUUUAUAAUUUUUGAAAACCAGAAAUUGGAAAAAUAAAUCACGCAAUACAAAAAUGUUACACUGUAGAAAUAUUAUCUCUUAAAAAUUACAUUUUUGUGGAUUUGUACGUGUUUACAGAUAAUUCUUUUCAGAGGAAAGAGUUAUCUUCAUAUAAUAACAACAAUAAAAUGAAAUGAAAAAAUAUCAUAUCUUAUCAUAAAGAUGAAUCAAGAAAGAAAAGAUAAGUAACGAACAUAUAGAAUGUCUAUUCAUUUUAUCUGUAGUAUAUAUUUAUAAUUAUUAUAAAUUUUAACCAAAACUGGUUGUGUUUGUAUAAAUGUUCCGUGUAAUAUUUAUUUAUUGUAGAAAAUUCUUCUGAAAUCAAAGAGAAAAUUUCAAAGGAUAGAAUUUCGGAGAAAAAAUUUGGCUAAUAAUGCCCAGUAGUG